AUGGUAGCGCCAAGCUCACGAGACAAGCCUACAAGGCGCUUGAAACAGGGCACUGAAACCACAAAAAAUCAUCGCUGGGAGCCCUUUUCGCAGCGUAUCGCAAAGCUAAAAAUCGACCCCAUUCACCGCGUGCGCCGGGCGAGCUUUGGUGAAGAUGAUGAGACCUCGUCGUAUUUCCGAUCGGCCCUCGAUCAUUGGGUUGAAAUGAACCUUUCCGACAAUUUCAGCACAUUCGCCCGCCGUGUGAACAACCUCUCCGAGACCCUCGCCCAGAUUCUGUAUCACGAAGAGAAGAUAAUGGCCCUGUUGGUGGAGUUUAUCGAAAAGAGAGACCAGAACUCAAUCGAGCCUCUGAUGAGUCUGCUGGCUCAAUUUGCUCGAGACCUGGGAGUGAAGUUUGAGAAGCAUUUUGCGACCUCGGUGACUUUGGUAGCGUCGGUUGCCGCAACACACCCCGAUGUUGAAGUGGUGGAAUGGAGUUUCACCUGUCUAGCAUGGAUUUUUAAAUUCCUCUCCAGACUCUUGACGCCGGACUUGCGUCAACUUCUCGGCAUUAUGACCCCAUAUCUCGGCAAAGAGCGACAAAAGCCUUUUGUAGCUCGGUUUGCCGCCGAGUCCAUGUCCUUCCUGAUCCGCAAGGCAGGCCUCACCUACUAUAAAAACAAGACGCCCCUCGAGAACGCCGUCUCUUACCUCUACGACGAUAUCUCAAAAGCAGCCGAGGAAGGAAACAAUGUCGAAAACUACAAGGAGGGUUUAAUGGUCAUGUUCGCAGAUGCCAUCAAGGGUGUUAACAAUGGUCUCCACUCCAACGGAAUGGAUAUCCUGCGUUGCGUUGCUGUUGGAUUGGUCAUCAACCUUAUUCAUCACACCACUCCCGAGACCUUUGGCCCUAUCCUCGAAACAGUCAAGGAAUACGUUGAAAGCCGGUCUCAGGGCUCUGAUAAUCCCAACUUGCCCGAGUGCUGCCGUCUAAUCUUUGUCUGCUUUGGAACCCGUAAGGCAACCCGAAUCAGGGACUGGAAGGCCGUGCAUCAGACCCUUGUGUCACUUCUGAAGCAGGUGGCAUCAAACCCGGAUGCAGACUCGGAAACAACGACACAGCUCCUCGGCGCCGUCGCCUAUGCCCUUCAGUUGUCUCCAAUGGAUGAGAUGCUGCCAUUUUUGCGACCCCUGAUGGACCAUGUGUCCACCGGACCUCUCUCAAAAUACUUCUUGUUCUUCUGCAACACAUUUUCACAAUGGGGCUCCGAGCGUUUCCAAAGUCUUCUUGUUCCCUAUUUCCAAAAGUUCCUCAAUGCUUCCUGGAAAAAGCACGAAUGGGAAACGUGCUUGACGCUCCUCCGACUCAACCAAUCUGGCUGUAUCACAUCCGAAGCUUCGAAGCCAGGCUAUGUCUCGUGCCCCGAAGGCUUGAAGUCUCACCUCUAUGACUCUUUGAAUUACCCUACAAGUGACGAACGUGUUUUGAACGCCUUGGUCAAACUUCCCAAAGCCAUCUCAUUGUUUGCAGACUCUGCUAGUCUGCCUAAGAUUGUGAAGAAGCUCCAUAGCAAUCUUGUUUCUGCCUUAAACGAUGCCGCCACCCAGAAAAACGCUCAGCAGAAUAGUGGCUUGAUUUUCUACCUUGGUCAGGGGUUCAAGAUCUACGUCGAUCUGGCUACUCAAGCCGGAAAACUGGACGCAGAGCUAUGGGAACCAAUCCUUACUGCCUCGGCUGAAUUCUCGCGUCUUCCUCUAUUCCUCGAAGGUGUUCUGACUUUCGUUUCUGCUCUCCCCCAAUCUUCGGAGCUCGAAACCUCGAUGUUGGAAGAAUUUGCGCGCAGCUUGAUCCUCAAUCUCGCCAGCCCUUCACAGCGACUGAGACUUGUCUCUCUCCAGAUCCUGCGUGAAUUGAUCAGCCGGGUCCCUGGAGAUGAGGUUUCUCCUGUCUCCUUGGCAAUUGAGAUCGAAGAAAGCCCCCUCACUCUUCAAAGUGCCAGAACUGUAUCGAUGCAUCUCCGCAAAUUGGCACUUCUCUACCCCCAGAUCGCUUCUCGCCGGUGGAUGGCUAGCCUUAUCCCUUACUUUUGUUUCGGUCUGUUUUCGAAGAAGCUGACUCCUCUGUGGGAUGAUUCCGCUGCCGCUCUAAAAACCAUCAGCGAACAUCCAGAGGGAGAGACAAUUGUUUCAGACUUGUCUGUUCAGUGGCUGCAGGAGCGGGACUCUGGCGCUACGAACGAGGAAGAACCCGAGGAAGAGAAUGAAGAUUCAUUUGUCUCGAGCCGUUUCGAGUGUUUCAAUGUUCGCAAGAUUGAGAAUGUUUCCACCGCCAACGCGAAGACUAUGCAGGAUCCUUUGGCCGCGUUGUCCAUCCAAUUUGACAAGGAUCACAAGAUUGCAGAUCUUGUUCCUGGGUUCCCCCGAAGCCAUGCGCUGCGCGUCUUGAGUGCUACCCCCAAUGUGGCCGAGAAGCGUUCACGUCAAAUCAUGCCAUUAUUCCUGACUUGGGCUACACGCGAUGACCAGGACGAUGUUCCCACCGCCAAGGACACCAAUGAUGCCGACACGGAGACCGAUUCCACACCGAUAAAAUGGGGAUUCAAAGACCGCCUGGCUAUGCUUGUCCUUGGUCUUUUGUGCCACGGUAACUCGGAGAUCCAGAAAGCUGCUCUCAAAGCUCUUUUCACUUGGAAGAAUGCGCACGUUGUACCCUAUCAAGAAAACUUGCUGAACAUUCUGGAUGAGGCCAGAUUCAAAGACGAGAUGUCUGUCUUCGUGCGUGUUGGUGGCGAAGACAGUCUGAUCGAGCAGGAGCACCGCCCUGCUUUGCUUCCCAUACUUCUUCGACUUCUUUAUGGUCGCAUGAUCUCCAAGGCUGGUGCAUCUGGUCAGGCUGGCCAGGUUGGUCGACGUAAGGCUAUUCUGCGCUCUCUUUCUCUUCUCUCGGAGGAGGACUUUGGUCUUUUCAUGCAGCUCGCGUUCGGCCCUCUAUCUCAAGUCUCUGUUGUCAAAGACAACAGCGAGGUACCAGCCGCGUUCUCCGAGGAGCUCACCAGCCCCAGAAGACAACUUGGUCUGCUCAAGAUGAUUGAUACAGUUUUCGAAACUCUCCAGAGCCGCAUGAUUCCAUUUUCUGUCCAGACAAUGAACGUGGUCAUCUACUGUCUGGUUCGAGCAUGCCGAGCAAUCUAUGACGAAAACCGUGACAUUUAUGUGGAUAGAGAAGACGAACGUCUUCUGGCAAUCUUCCAGAAUAUCCGCCAGACCUGUAUUCGCUGUAUGACUUUGAUCUUUUCGGUCUCGUCCGACCUCGAUUGGACUCCAUAUGUUGCCAUCAUCUUCAAAGAGUUGAUCAAUAACAGGCUGGAUCUAUUCCCCAUCGAGACCGCCCAGGGUGUCUCCGGACUGCUCCGCCUCUUCCACACUUGGGCGUCUGCACCGAGAUCGACAUUUUAUCUUGUCCAGCACAACAAAGAUGUCCUCACUAAGGUCAUUGACUGCCUCGGCGUCGAGUCGGCACGCGAUGAGGUUAAGAUGUUCGUUAUGGAUGAAGUCCUUAUUCCACUUGUGCAGCAGUCCACUGGAAAGAAGGAGGGAGAAGACCAGGAAAUGUCGGAUAUCCCCCCCCGAGCAGAUUCGCUCCGAACAUCUGUACCUAUCUGCUUCGCCAACCCCCCCGACCGUGUCAGUCCCAAGACCAAGUCUGGACUCUUGCGAAUUCUCGAACAUUUCCUGCCCUUGUACACCCCGGAGGACGAUGCCAAGCUUUCCCAGCAAGUUUUCGAGGCGGUUGUAUCCAUGUUUGAUUAUUUCAAGGACGAUGCGAACAGAGAGGUUUUGGCCCGAGUUUUCGCUGCGCUCGCGAGUCACGACAAAGAACUCGCCGAAGUCGCUGAACUCUGUGCGGAUCUAAACUCUCGCUCCUCCAAAAAGCUCGAGCCGGAUUAUGAACGUCGUCUUCAGGCCUUCAGAAAGAUCAACGAUGAUCUGUCGCAGAAACUGAAUGCUAAGCAGUGGAGGCCUAUUCUCUACAAUAUGCUUUUCUAUGUCAAGGACGAAGAAGAAUUAGCUGUUCGAUCCAGCGCUUCCUUCGGUCUCAGACGUUUCAUCGACAGAGCCGCCACCGAGGCCGGCGUGGAUGACUUUGAAGCUCUUGUGAAUGAGGUCUUUAUCCCCGCCAUGAAGUUUGGAGUUCGAAACAAGGCCGAAUUAAUUCGAGCUGAGAUCGUUGCUGCCCUUGGCUACUUUAUCAAGCUGAACCCCACUCGUCCAUCCGUGCAGGAUAUGCAUGAUCUGCUUAUGGGCGACGACGAAGAGGCAUCUUUCUUUACCAAUAUUCUUCACAUCCAGCAGCACCGUCGUCUCCGUGCAUUGCGGCGUCUGGCAGGCGAAGCCGCCAAGGGAAAUCUCCAGCCCACCAACUUGGGCUCCAUUUUCCUGCCUCUCAUUGAGCACUUUGCAUUUGAAGGUGCUGAGGAUGAGAGUGGCCACAACCUGAUCGCCGAAGCUGUCGCCACUAUUGGUGCCCUCGCCGAGUGGCUGGACUGGAGCCAGUUCCGCAACAACUUCCGCAGAUAUCGCGGGUACAUGCAGAGCAAGCCAGAAAUGGAGAAGAAUAUUCUCAGACUUCUGGGCAGAAUGUCCGAUGCUUUGUCUAGUGCAAUGGACCAGAAGAAGGAGACCAGCGGCGAGUCCAGUGUUAAUGCCGAUGCCAUGGAUACUGUUGAAGUCAAGUGCAUGCUCGCGAAAACUGUUCCCGAUCUGGCAAAGGUUUCAACCGAGCUGACCACCAACUUCAUUCCUUUCCUGACUCACUUCCUUCACCACAAGAACGCGGCCGAAAUGAGUCUCCGUCUGCCGGCUGCUGUCACCACGAUCAAGCUUCUUAAGAUUCUCACCGAGCAGGAAAUGGCCAUUCGCUUGUCGCCGGUCCUUCUCGAUGUCUGCAGUAUCUUGAAGAGUAAAUCGCAAGAUGCGAGAGACACUGCCCGGAAAACGCUCAGUGACAUCUCCCUUCUUCUUGGUCCGCCUUACUUCGGCUAUAUCCUGAAGGAGCUGCGUCAUACUCUUCUACGUGGAUACCAGUUGCACGUUCUCUCGUUUACUGUUCACUCCUUACUGGUUGUGACCACCGAUCACUUCAAUCAGGGUGACUUGGACUACUGCCUUCCAGAACUGGUUUCGGUCGUCAUGGACGAUACUUUUGGCACAGUUGGACAAGAAAAGGAAGCCGAGGACUACGUCAGCAAGAUGAAGGAAGUCAAGAGCAGCAAGAGCUACGAUUCAAUGGAGCUCCUCGCUAAGAACGCCACAGUCGUCGACCUUUCUAAACUUGUUAGCCCUCUCCAGGCUCUUUUGCGGGAGAAGCUUAAUUCCAGCAUGGUUAGGAAGCUUGAUGAGCUCAUGAGGAGAAUUGGAAUUGGUCUUUUGCGAAACUCCGGUGCCGAAAGCAGAGACUUGUUGAUGUUCUGCUACGAAAUCAUCAAGGAGUCUUACAACGACAACACAGAGGGACGACAGAAGCGCCCAGAAACCGCAAUCGAGCGGCGCUUUCUGGUCAGGCUUCAGGGUGCCAAGCGUGGUGAGAAGCGUGGCAUCACGUCCUCGCAUACCUACAAAUUGACCAGGUUCUCGCUUGACAUCCUUCGCGCCAUUCUCAACAAGUUCGGCUCGCUCAUGACCCCGACCAAUCUUUCUGGCUUCCUGCCCAUCAUUGGCGAUGCCCUCGUGCAAUCUCAUGAAGAAGUCAAAACCUCUGCUCUUCGCCUGCUGUCUACAAUCAUUAAGCUUCCAAUGCCCGAGCUUGAUGAAAACUCUCAUGUCUACCUCACGGAAGCUGUCAAGAUGAUCAAGGAGUCCCCAACCACCAACUCAGAGGCAUCCCAGGCGUCUCUCAAGCUAAUCUCUGCCAUGAUCCGCGAACGCAAGAGCACCAAGCUUCGUGAUGGACAUCUCGCAUACUUACUCCACCGUCUCAAGGCCGACAUUGAAGAGCCUGAUCGCCAAGGCAUCACAUUCAACUUCAUUCGCGCUGUCAUGUCGCGUAAGUUCGUUGUGACGGAGAUGUAUGAAUUGAUGGAUUCUAUCGCAACCAUGAUGGUCACAAACCAGACUCGAUCUGCUCGUGAUCUUGCUCGGGGUACAUACAUUCACUUUUUGACUGAAUAUCCUCAAGCCAAGAACCGCUGGACAAAGCAGCUUGGCUUCCUUGCGAAGAACUUGGAUUACAAGCACCAAGAAGGACGGCAGUCGGUCUUGGAGGCAGUCCACCUGCUCCUUUCCAAGACAGGACAGGAACUGGCGCAAGAUAUUGUCAGCACCUUCUUCCUGCCCGUCGUGCUUGCCAUGGCAAAUGACGAUUCGCCCGAGUGCCGUGAGAUGGCCGGUGCUCUACUCAGCCAAUUCUAUAGCCGUGCGGACCGGGAGCAGAUGAAGACAAUGUUGAUUCCUCUCCGCUCGUGGCUGGAGCAGACCGAUAACAUGGCUUUGAGCAGUGUCGGCUUGCAGGCCAUGCGAAUCUACUUCGAAGCAGAGGAGACAGAGAAGGACAAGCAGGCUCGCUUCGUGAUUGGAAUUCUUCCCGACCUGAUCCAGCCAAUCGCUGACGAUCAUGAGAACGGGAACUGGGAGACUCUUUACUUUGCCCUGCAGCUCUUCACGAAGCUCUGCAAGACAGUUCCAUCUCUCGCUCUGAGUCAAGACUGCUCUGCUAUUUGGACCGCCAUUCGAGAAUCGUUAUUCUUCCCUCACACCUGGGUCAAGUCCUGUGCUGCCAACCUUGUAGGAACCUGGUUGUCCGAUCUUGCCAAGACACACGCUGCUGCUGGCUACAGUGCUCUUCCUUUGAAUUGUACCACCGGCCUCGUCCUUGACAAAGAGGCUAUGCUGCAACUCAUCCGAGCCAGUCUCCGCUGUCUACGCACACCAGGUCUCAACGAUGACCUUGCCCUGCAAAAUGUGCGCAACAUUGUCUUCCUUGGCCGUUGCUGUGCCCAGAACGGUCUCGAGCUCCAGAAGACCGGGACCGAAGAUGUCGAGUCAGAAGAUGACGAGGAAGAAGAGGACGAAGAUGCUGACGAGGCUGUCAUCGAAGCCGCCACAAACGGCGCCGCUCCAACCAAGACCGCUCUCCACUAUAUCUUCGGGCAAAUCGCAUACUUACUCCGUCGGGAAGUCCUUGGAGGUCGUCCCGCAGCAUUGGUCCCCAAGACUGCAUCGAUCACAUUGCUCGCUGCGUUGAUCCGCCACCUUGAACCCGAGCAAAUCAAACCCUCGCUUCCGGUCAUCCUCCUUCCCCUUCAGCAUUUGACCGACACGACUAUCCCCGGCCCACGCUCAGCCGAUCCUGCAUUCCAGGAUAUCUACAAGGGACUUGUUUCCAACUGCCACGAGGUCCUCGACUUGCUGCAAAAGAAGCUCGGAAGUUCCGAGUACAUUGCCCAGAUGACCAAGGUGCAAGAGACUGUCAAGGAGCGUCGUGAAGGUAGACGGACUAAGCGUCGCAUUGAGGCUGUCGCCGAUCCAGAGCGCCACGAGCGUGACAAGAAGAGGAGGAACGAUCGCAAGAGAGAGAAGAGAAAGGAGAAGGGUCUGGAGCACCGUGGAAAGAGACGCGGAUGGUAG